UUGCUUCGCUGGCUAUUGGGUUAAUGUCUGCCAUCUUGGAUUACGGGAGGAGAUAGUGAUUAAAAAUAAGGGGACACCCCCACCCUGUUUAAAAAGAAAGUUUAUUUAAAUCACGCAAUUAGCAAGAUUCAUAUCGAAAGCGAACACAUACAGUCCAAAAGAAGGAUCAGUGACGGAGUGUAACUUUUGUUUUUUUAAAUGUUUUAAACGGGCAUGACAACGGCUUCCACGCCAGACAUGGCAUCUGAUAUGCCUUCAUUGGGUGUUGCUGCAGCCCCUGGUAUCCCAGCAAACAGCACACAGUCUGGUCCCCCCGUACCUCAAAGAGGAGUCAAGAAAAGGCCAGUGAUGGAAUUUGAUGAUGAUGAUGAUGAUGAUAGUCCUAACAAACUCUUCAGAUGUGAUGAUGAUCAGGCAGGUUCUAAUGACAAAGAGCGGUUCGCCAGGGAGAACCACAGUGAGAUUGAGAGGAGACGGCGCAACAAGAUGACUGCAUAUAUUACUGAACUUUCUGACAUGGUUCCUACAUGUAGUGCACUUGCCCGCAAACCUGACAAACUUACUAUACUGCGCAUGGCUGUAUCACACAUGAAAUCUCUUCGGGGCACUGGUAACACUUCCACUGAUGGCAGUUAUAAACCUUCUUUUCUUACAGACCAGGAAUUAAAACACCUCAUUCUGGAAGCUGCAGAUGGCUUUUUAUUUGUUGUGUCCUGUGAAACUGGGCGUGUUGUUUAUGUGUCUGACUCUGUGACACCAGUUCUUAACCAACUGCAAUCUGACUGGUUUGGAAAGUCCAUUUAUGAGUUGGUCCACCAAGACGAUGUGGAAAAGCUAAGAGAGCAACUGUCCACCACAGACAAUCAGAUUUCCGGGAGGAUCCUGGACCUUAAAACUGGCACUGUGAAGAAAGAGGGUCAGCAGUCAUCAAUGAGGAUGUGCAUGGGAUCUAGAAGAUCUUUCAUUUGUCGUAUGAGGUGUGGAAACUGCACUGUGGAUCCAGUCUCACUUAAUAGACUAAGUUAUGUGAGGAACCGAAAUAGGAAUGGCUUGGGCAUCACUAAGGAAGGGGAUCUGCAGUAUGUUGUUGUACACUGCACAGGAUAUAUUAAAUCCUGGCCUCCAGCUGGUGUUUCUUUGCCAGACGAUGAACCAGAUACCAACCAAGGCAGCAAGUUUUGUUUGGUGGCAAUUGGAAGGUUACAGGUAACGAGCUGUCCAAGUAACACUGAUAUAAACACUGCCAGUUUACCUGUUGAAUUCAUCUCUCGGCACAACCCUGAAGGUAUUUUCACAUUUGUGGAUCAUCGUUGCCUUGCUACUGUGGGAUUCUCUCCUCAAGAACUCUUGGGAAAGAAAAUGGUGGAAUUUGCGCAUCCAGAAGAUCAGGGACUUUUAAAUGACAGCUUUCAACAGGUGAUGAAACUAAAAGGUCAAGUACUAUCAGUGAUGUUUCGGUUUCGGGCAAAGAACCAGGAUUGGAUUUGGAUAAGGACUAGUUCUUUCACCUUUCAGAACCCCUUCUCUGAGGAGAUUGAGUAUAUAAUAUGCACAAAUUCCAAUGUUAAGGCCCCAAAUCAGGAUUCCCACCCCGCCUUGUCUUCUACCAGCAUGCAGAAACCCCAGCUGAACCAGAUUGCCAACCUUCCUCUGGAAAUGAGUCCAGGGCAGAAGGUUUCGAGACAAAUUCAGCAACAGCAGGUUGAUUCAGGAAGUGGUCGAGAGGCACUUUAUGAUUCUCAAAUGAUUGGGAGUAUGCAAAUGAACCUUGGGCAGGUUGCAGCUGCAACUGGACCAGAACACGGCAAGACCCUUGACAAGGGAGAAGGGUUGUUCGGGCAGGAGCGGGACCCAAGAUUCUCUGGAAUUUAUAGCGAAAUUACAGCAGAACAGAACAAAAACGUCCCACUCCCUUCUGCGGCAGGAAACCAGCAACAUUUUACUCAAGGAAAUACUUUCUCAACUCCACGACCAGCAGACAAUUUCAGGAGUGGAGGAAUGACUUCACAAGUUAAUAUUGUCCAGCAGCCAUCUUCAGCUGGGCAGAUGCUGACCCAGAUUUCACGCCAGUCAAACCCAACACAAGUGGCAUCAUCUUGGAAUGGCUGUCGCCCUUCUUUUGCUGGGCAGGCCAGUUCUGCACAAGUUCCUUUGGCCUCUAAAACUCAGUCUUCAUCCUAUGCGAUUGGAGGGUUUCAGGGAACACCAUCAACUUUUGGUUCACUGAACAGCUCUGUGUCUACAUCCUCAAACAGUGGUGGAGCAUACUCCAGUAUCAGCAAUCGUGCAGCAGCCUUUGGAGAGAAUAACCAGAGCACAACCCAGUUCCAGUCCCGGCCUGCAGAAAAUGUUGGAGUGUGGCCUCAGUGGCAGGGCCAGCAUCAUGCACAGGGCAGCAGUGAUCAGCAAAACAAUUCAUCAGAGGUCUUCAAUGAUGUUCUGUCAAUGCUAGGUGAACAAGGAACCCCAUUCAGCAAUGAUGAAUUUGCAGAACUGCCCAUGUUCCCUAAUUAUGGCGAUUGAAGACUAAAUGAAAUGUCUAUGAAUUUCCCCACACCUACUGGCAAAAUGCACCCCAGUGUUAAAAGGGAGACAGACCUGUUAUAUUUUAUUUAAAUGAUUGCGUAUGUAUUACGCAAGGGUUAUGAGUUUUUUUUUUUUUUCUAUUUCCACAGUCCUCAUAAUGUCAUUGUGGACCCUGGAAGAGAGAGAUAUGGACAAAUAUGCAACUUGACAAUCAGAUUUUGAAUCAAAAGACAUUAGGAGAUGGCAGGUGUUUUAAUAAAGCUGCUAAACUAGCUAAUCAUCUGUCAUUAAAUGUUGGACAGAUGUUUAUUUUUAAAGUAGAAUAUUUCAUUGGAUACUUGUUAAAUUAUAUUUGUAAAUGAAUGAAAGAGAAAAUGUUUUGUCUACCCUUUCAAUACUGUUAGUAAUACUUUUUUAAAACGUAUAUAACACCACUAAAUCUGUCCAGUAACCAAACUGUUUCUUCUGUAAAAUUCAGAAAUAUCUCCAGUUAGAUUGAAAUUACAGCAGUAUUUUUUUUCUUUUCAAAAUAUUUGUAAAUAAUGAAGAUUAAAUGUAGAAAAAGUCAUUUCGACUUUGUUUUAGUCAUUCCGGUAGUGAAAUUUUCAACAACUUGUAUGUGCAGCUGUGUUUUUGUUUGAUAAAGAAUAUUAUUCACUUUUGAAUGUUUUCUUCAUAUCAGUGAAGGGCUGUUAGUUAAUGAAGAGCCAGGCAACCUUCAUUGUUACAACUGCAAAUGACAUACCAGGGAGAGUCCUCUGCAAAGGCCUGCUGUCCAAAUCACACAUGCACUCAGAGGCCAUGUUUAUGAAAUUUUUAAUUUUAGAAAAAGCACCUUUUUAAUUAUAUAUAAAAGAAAGAACAGCGUUUGUUGUUAUGAGUUUUUCCUAAAUGAAGAAUUGAAAAGGUUUGCAUAUAUUUUGUAAUUAUGUAUUAAGUAUCAAUGUUGAAAUUUUUAUAGAAAGAAAAGCUCAAAAUGGGGCAUAUUUUAUCAUUCUCUUUUUUGAUACAGUAUGUUUAUUGUUAACAUAAUGGUGUUCUAAGUGGUAGCUUCUUCAUACAUUAUUUGUAUCAGUGUGCUGUGUCCAUUUGUUUCCUUAUUGAAUUAUGAUAUGCAAAUUUUCAUUAGCAUCUCAUGAACAUGUCAAGGUGAUCUACCAUGAUGCGGUGACAGGAAUAUUAAUUUCAGUGCUCAACAUUGUUUGCCACUUUCGUGUACAAGGUCUGAAGUAGUUGAUUUGUAAAUGGUACAUCAGUAAUUCUGUCGGAAUAUCAUGGGAUAUUCAUCCAUUUGCAUUUUAACUUCUUAUGUCCUUAUUCUUUUUGUUUUAGCUUUGCCUUAUCUCUGGAAGCCUUCUUCCCUGUCUCAGACUCUAUUGUAUCUUGAACGUUUUGAUACCUUAAUUCUGUGUGAAAUAUUUCCAAGGAUAGUUUUCUUGUCUUGUUUUCACAAUGAAGACGUUUUAAGCUGUAAUGUUUUAUGCGUAUUGAUCAGUUGACCUAUACAACAGGGCCCUUUCACUCAUGCAUAUUGCAUAAUCUUUAUGUGCCUCUUUUUGGUAAAGAGAAAAAGCCUUAUUCUCCAAUAUGCUACAUAUCUUGUUACUUUGUACUUGUGAAGGUGAGACCUGCUGGAUAAAGAAACAAAAUGUCAAGUGGUAAAAUAAACAAAUACUAAUAAUGCGUACUAUUUACCAAAAAACAUAGUUUAGCUGCUGUACACAACAUUCUAAGAAGCAUUCAGGUUUGAAGCAAUACAGUUUUGUAUUAUAAAUGCAAAAAAUUACAUUUUAUGAUUUGAAACAGUCAUUGGAAAUAUAAACGUACUUACCAGUAUUGCUGUAAUGUUGCAGUUUUAUGUAAGGCUUUCAUGCUCAUUGGUCAAAGAUUUCUUCCUAUUUUUGAUGGAUUGAAAAUUAAAUUACAUAAGUGAGGCUUUCUUUCUUGUGAACAAGAAUCAAGUGGAGGCAGGCAACUAUUCUAGCCAACUUUUUUUGUCAAGCUUUAACAUAAAUGCAGGAAUGUAGUGUCAAUGGAUAAUCCAUUGUUUAGGACCAGCGUUGGUCUUGACAAUCAUGUUCCAUAACUAAAUUUAAUUCUGUUCUAGCAGUUUACUUUUCACUUUUUUCUUUUAAGCAGUCACUCAGUAAUAUAUCACCUUAUUCUGUAGUGAAAAUAAGGUACAAAAUGUAUAUGAGUAGUUCCUACCAUCUUGGUAUAAAAGAGUCAGUCCUAGAGUUUUGUCAGCCCUUACACUAAUAUAAUUUCAGUAGUGAGGUCAAAUUUGUGUUAGAAAUGUGUGAAUUUAGUGACCUGUUUAAUUCAGUAUACAGUACUCCAGAUUGACCAGGGCUUAACUGUGUUGCUUCUACAUUCUGAUACAUUAUACACAGCUUGGAGCAAAGCUAAAACUAGUGAGUGCUUAAUGAUGGUGUUGCUCCUCCUAUGUAUUACACACCCAGUAUCAGUACCAAUCCCGUUAAAGGUAAAAUUCUAAGAAGAAAUUAGGAAACUUUAUGUUGCUAAUUUUAACUUUUUUAAAACAAAAAUAAUUGAAACACUAGUGUGAGAAGUAGAAUAGAUCAAUAUAAUGGGCAAAGAUAUUUGGAUUAAUAACACCACAAAAUUUUAAAUAAAUGUAAAGAUUGCCAUUCUGUAACUAGUUCUCAGUUUACUUUUUAGUACAUUCUACUCAAGUGACACAAAUUUUCAAACAGUUGUUGAUGCUGCUGAUCUUGGCAUGUACCUAGAAAUAGGUAUUUUGCUUUUUGCAUGUUCUGUAAAGUGUUAUGUUGAAGUGAUAACAUUUGCAUUUACACAUCAAUGUUGCACAAAAUUAUUUUUAUUACAGUGUAUAUUCAUAUUUGGUUGCCUUUAUGAAGACAGAAAUAAUACAGUGUGUUAUCAGUGAAACCCAGAACUGUUAGUGUAUUGGACAACAAUAACAUACCAUUAAUUAUUUAACAACAUAGAGGGUGUAAUGGGUAGUGUACAGCACUCACAUUGUAUCUUGUUUUAAAAUGAGCUUCUUACAUUAGGUGAAAUUCUGUGAUCGAUAUUCUCUAUACUCCAAAGCUGCUUUUCCAUUAUGUUGAACUUUUUAAUAAGUGUAUAUAAAAGACGUAGCAUAGCACAAAAAAAGAUCUGUGUUGAAAGCUGAAGUUCUGUGGUGAGAAAUGCGACAACUUUCAUCCUUCUGGAUAAGGGUAAUAUAAUAACCUUUUUUCCUAGGUAAGGCGAAGACCACCUGCAGAAUUCUUUAUUACCCAUGAAACAUUUUCUGUUGUUGAAUUGAUUUUCUUAGUAAUGGAUGAAUAUAUACUAUGAAAAAACACUAUUUAAAAACUGUGAGGUUUCAUUUUUUACAUUGCCAUCUGUAAACUUUGAAAAGGUGUAUUUGUUGAAGGAUCCAAAAAUGUUUUGACGUACCUGAACAUUAACAUUACCUAGGAAAUUUCACCAGUAGAGGGUUUUGCAAGUCUUUAGAAUUAUAAUCUCUGGGUUUCUUAAAGCAGUUUUGCUUUUUAUUUUAAGUCCUGGAAUGCAUUUCUGUUAAAGCCUUUCUAUAAAAAUAUUUUUCAUUAAAUACAGUAAUGGAAAAGAUAAAUGAGUGAUAAAUGAAUGUCUUCAUGCACAUGUGACAAAAAGCACUUUUUAUGGUGGAUAUUUGUUUUAGUAGAUGGUCUUUUCUAAGAUUAUCAGUGACUAUUGUAUGCUAUGCUUCAUGAUCAGAAAGAAAUAUUAAAAAAAAAAAAAAAAUACAGGGCACAUCACAUGGCUGAUGUGUUGCUAUUAUGAAAGUCUUAUUAUGGCUGAUGUUUACCAGGGCAAUUUGUAUGCUGUUUACAUUGAAAGGCAAGUUUUGAUCUCUUGUUUCAGAAUAAUUUAAAAUGUUUUAAAAAAUUACAAGAAAAUACUUUCCACAAUUUUGUUGUCAACUCCUUAUUAAUGAAUUUAAUAUCUACAACCCUUUUGGAAAAAAUAAGCCAUAAGACCUUUCAGGAAACAAAAAUGUUACAAUGCAUUACAUAAGAUGCUCUCCGGACACCUGUUUUGGUAUAUGCUCUUCAACUCAUGCACCUAUAUAUCACAGCUCUCUAUGUAAUCUGAUUUUUACUAUAGACUAUAAAUGUUAUACAGACUGUUUUCAUCUUUGUAAUAGUGUCAAAAAUAAAGCAACUGUUGUACAGUU